GACUUCCCUGCAGGGUUCCUUAUUUACAGAGGAAGAGUACAGUACCUGCCACUAGUUCCUUGUCAAGGCUAAGGUUCGGUUGUCAAUACCAUUACAGUUGAGUAGCACCGCUAGCCUCUCGUCAAGGUUCUGCUAAAAGCCCUUAACGCCAACGCCGCGUGUUUCGGACACCGACUUGAGAUUGUUUGACCGUGGAGGAGGGGGGGUGGAUCAGAGUUGAGAGGCUGAGCUGCGGAUUAUGAGAUACAGCUGCAAUGGGGAGCAAGGAACACUACCACUGGACGAGUGGCAAUGUGAAGCACAGCGGUGUGGACGACAUGGUGCUGCUCUCCAAGGUCACGGAAGAUGCCAUCGUGGAAAACCUCAAGAAGCGCCUGAUGGACGACUGGAUUUUCACAUACAUUGGGCCGGUGCUGAUCUCAGUGAAUCCCUUCAAGCAGAUGCCGUACUUCACCGACCGCGAGAUUGACAUCUACCAGGGUGCUGCCCAGUUUGAGAAUCCACCCCACAUUUACGCACUGUCUGACUUCAUGUACAGGAACAUGCUUAUCGACUCUGAGAACCAAUGCGUCAUCAUCAGUGGGGAGAGUGGCGCAGGCAAAACGGUGGCCGCCAAGUACAUUAUGAGCUACGUCUCCAAGGUGUCCGGCGGCGGAGACAAGGUGCAGCACGUCAAGGACAUCAUCCUGCAGUCGAACCCGCUGCUGGAAGCCUUCGGCAAUGCCAAGACGGUCCGCAACAACAACUCGAGUCGCUUCGGCAAGUAUUUUGAGAUUCAGUUCAGCCGAGGAGGGGAGCCAGAUGGCGGAAAUAUCUCAAACUUCCUUCUCGAGAAGUCACGUGUCGUGAGCCAAAACACAGAAGAGAGAAACUUCCACAUUUACUACCAGCUCUUGACUGGAAGCUCUGGGACGCAGAAGGAGAACCUGGGAAUCUCUACGCCAGAUUACUACUUCUACUUGAACCAAACUGGCACUUAUGUUGUGGAUGACACUGACGACAACAAGGACUUCCAGGAGACCAUGGCUGCGAUGCAGGUGAUCGGCAUUCUCCCCGACGAGCAAGCCAUGGUGUUGCAGAUCGUGGCCGGGAUUCUUCACCUGGGCAACAUCUCCUUCAUGGAGCAGGGCAACUACGCUGCCGUGGAGAGCCUGGACUACCUGGCAUUCCCAGCCCACCUGCUGGGCAUCGAGCAGGACCGGCUCAUGGAGAAGCUGACAAGCCGCACUAUGGACAGCAAAUGGGGCGGCAAGUCUGAAUCCAUCACGGUGACGCUCAACACGGAGCAGGCGGCCUACACGCGCGACGCGCUGGCCAAGGCCCUGCACUCUCGCCUCUUCGACUUUCUCGUGCAGGAAAUUAACAAGGCGAUUAGGAAGGAGAGGGAAGAAUACAACAUUGGGGUGCUGGAUAUCUAUGGCUUCGAAAUCUUUCAGAAAAAUGGUUUUGAGCAGUUCUGCAUCAACUUUGUGAAUGAGAAACUGCAACAGAUUUUCAUCGAGCUCACACUCAAGGCAGAACAGGAAGAGUACGUACAGGAAGGCAUCAAGUGGACACCCAUUGAAUACUUCAACAACAAAAUCGUCUGUGACCUCAUCGAGAACAAAGUUAACCCGCCGGGGGUGAUGAGCAUCCUUGAUGAUGUGUGCGCCACCAUGCACGCUAAGGGCGAGGGUGCAGACACCACGCUGCUGCAGAAGCUGCAGGCCGGCAUCGGCUGCCACGAGCACUUCAACACCUGGAACCGCGGCUUCGUCGUGCACCAUUACGCCGGCAAGGUCUCUUACGACGUGGAGGGCUUCUGCGAGCGCAACCGAGAUGUGCUUUUCCCUGACCUGGUCGAGCUGAUGCAGAGCAGCCAAUACCCCUUCUUCUACAGCCUCUUCCCCGAGAACCUGCAGGUGGAGAAGAAGGGCCGACCCACCACGGCUAGCAGCAAGAUCAAGAAACAAGCCAACGACCUGGUGAACACGCUGAUGCGAUGCACGCCGCACUACAUCCGCUGCAUCAAGCCCAACGAGACCAAGCGCCCUCGCGACUGGGAGGAGAGCAGGGUGCGCCACCAGGUGGAGUACCUGGGUCUGCGGGAGAACAUCCGCGUGCGCCGCGCCGGCUUCGCGUACCGACGCGUCUUCCAAAAGUUUCUGCAGAGGUACGCAAUCCUGACGGCGGAGACGUGGCCGGCAUGGCGCGGGGACGAGCGCCAGGGAAUCACACACAUCUUGCGCGCCGUCAACAUGGAGGCCGACCAGUUCCAGAUGGGGCGCUCCAAGGUCUUCAUCAAGGCCCCCGAGUCGCUAUUCCUCUUGGAGGAGAUGCGCGACAGGAAAUUUGACGCCUUUGCUCGCACGAUCCAGAAGGCCUGGCGCAAGUUCAACGCCUACAAGCAAUACGCCCGCAUGCGGGAGCAGGCCUCGGACAUCCUGCUCAACAAGAAGGAGCGGAGGAGAAACAGCAUCAACCGCAACUUUGUCGGAGACUACCUCGGUAUGGACGACCGACCAGAGCUCAGACAGUUCCUGGCGAGGCGAGAGCGUGUGGAUUUCGCCGACGUCGUCACCAAAUACGACCGCCGCUUCAAGUUGGUGAAACGUGACCUCAUCUUGACCGCUAAGUGCCUGUACCUGAUCGGGCGUGAGAAGGUGAAGAAGGGACCCGAGAAAGGCCAGCUGAUGGAGGUGCUCAAAAACAAAAUCGAAAUUGACAAAAUCCAGUCCAUCUCGCUCAGCACUUUGCAGGAUGACAUGUUCAUCGUUCACGAGCGCGAGGACGACAAUCUCCUCGAGUCUGUCUUCAAGACCGAGCUCCUCAGCCUCCUGUGCAAGCACUUUGAGGAGCUCACCAAGCAGAAGCUGGCCCUCAACUUCAACAACACGCUGGAGUUUAGGGUGAAGAAGGAGGGCUGGUUUGAGAAGGGUGGCACCCGCCAGGUGUCAUUUGUGUGCAAGACUGGAGACGUCGCAAUUUUGAAAUCCAGUGGCCGAGUUCUUACCGUGACCAUCGGCCGGGGACUGCCCUCCAGCUCACGCCCAAACAGAAAGGAGAUUAUGAGAGGCACGGGGAGAGGCAGGGGCUUUACAGAGCAACCGUCCUAUAAUAAACAAAUCCAGCAACGUCCACUGCCAGCCGUUAACGCAGGUAUGAAACACUCAACGUGUGGGAUCACGCCUGUCCAAGCAGGCUACAAAGGACACCAGCAGCAGCAGCAGCGGCACCGCAACGGUGCGCCGCCUUCUCAGCGUCAACCCACGGGUCCAGCCAAGGCACCCGCCUACGCUCAGCCCAACAUAAGGGGUGGCACCAAAAGGCAGCAACAGCAGGACCGACCUUCCCUGCCACGCCACGCGACCAACGUGCACGCCCCUACCGCUGCCCAGACCAAACGUGACAGGGACUUCAUGCGGGUGCCGGAUCAGGGUGCGGCGGGCAUGCAGAGGCAGGUGUCCCAGGUUCGCCCUACGCCGGGAGGCGGAAGAUCCAAGCUUCCCAUGCAAGCCAGAGCAGCCGCUUUCCCGCGCUGUCGUGCCAUAUACCAGUACGACGCGCAGGACACGGACGAGAUCAGCUUCAGCAUCGGCGAAGUCUUCGACCUCAUCCGGGAAGAUCCAUCAGGUUGGUGGAGUGGGUGCAUCCGUGGCAAGGAGGGAAUGUUUCCUGGGAACUACGUGGAGAAAAUAUGAGCAGCUUGGCCUUGAAAUGUGCAAUUUGGGUGUUCAAAUCCUCAGCAUGCCUUCACAGUGGCAGAGAGCAAAAGUGAUAACAUCUCUUUGUGCUUGAUCUCAAGCACACCUGGCAAUGUAUGUGUUGUUUCCUCAUUAGUGCACUCACUUGCAUAUUAGGCAGUGGUUCUCAACCUUUUUAUUAUGGUGCCCCCCAACCCCAGCCCCUGUGCGCCCCCCCAUCCCCCCCCCCCCCACCAUGAGAAAAAAUAUUGAGCAAUCAUCAAAGCUAAUCAGAUACUGAAGAAGCACUGACUCUACAAAUUCAAGUAAUUUUCCAUGCAUCCAGCUGCCUUCUGGUUGGCUGGAUGACACAGCCCCUCUUUGUCUCUUUAAUUGGUGCCCAUGUGCCAGCAAUUGAAUCUCAUGGUAUUUUCAUGAGGACAAACUUGAUGCAGGGCUAAAUAAAGUGCCAGGGUAAUUUAAUUGAUAGAAAUGUAACAGUUUCACUUUAAUAUUAUUGGUUAUUUCAGUAAAGUCACGUAGAUAGAAAAUAAAAAUAAUAAAAUUAAUUGAAAAUAAGAAAAGCAAAAAACCCACGACGUUUCAAUCACAACACAAGCGGUCUUCAUCAGGCGGUGGCUUCACUUUAAGCCACCGUAAAUUGCCAUCCACAUAAUGCAUUUGAUAAUAAAGUGCAUAGUUUCACAGAAGAGACAUACCAUGAUAUUAAUCUGUAAACGUAUGAAAUUUUCUCAUCCCCAAAAAAAUCUGUUUUUAUCUACACAGAUAUUUGGAAUAUGAAUCAUGAUUUUUUUAUUGAAUUUUUUUUAGGUCUUUGACUUCUAUGAAGUCUACAUCAUGGGGCCUCCUUUGCCAGUACCAAAAUAUGAGAAUGGGUUUUCCCCUUUUUCUGGCAGCAAACAGGUGUUAAGAUGUUUAAACACCAAAAUGAA